ACUUUGACCGUAGCGGUGAGAAGCCUGUGCGCGGCCGUGCAAGGGAGAGUGGCGGAGAGAGUGUAUGUCUGCGGCAGCCGAUUACCGUUAAAAACACAAACUACGGACGGAGUGGAGAGGAAAAAAAUCCCCGCUACGGCUCGACGAGACCUCGGCAGAGCGUGGAUGAUGCUUAAUGGUCAAGAGAGGCCGGAAUCGGAGCGCUGUUUGACGCCAGGCGGCUUAUUGAACAUCUGUAGAGCAUAAUGAGGGCAUCCGCUAUCCCUUCGGCUGCUUUUUCCUCCCAGCUUUAGUGACAGUGUUUAUAAAUGCGUGGCUUUUAGGCAUCCUGUCAGAGAAUAGACCCAGCCUGCGGAUAUUCAACCAUUCCCUCCUUCCAUGGCCCCCGGGGAGCAGUGAAGUCAUCCGAGAAGAGGACACGUCUUUAAUCAGCUCCAUAGUUUCUGCACAUAGUUUUUUUUCCUCUUUUUUUUUUUUUUUUUUUUUAGCGAGGAAAACCCGACUCUUCCCUCUCGCUUCUCUCCCUCUGCACCAGACUCCCUGCGCUUUCCAGCUAUUUUUAAAUCUUUCAUGGUUUUGUUUUUCUGAGCUUUUUGUCGCCGAGGCUGCUGUGGGCAUUUUCCCCGUUAAAUGAUGCCGGAUCAAAUAUCGGUGUCCGAGUUUCUCUCGGAGACAACGGAGGAUUACAAUUCCCCGACGACAUCCAGCUUCACCACCCGACUGCAGAGCUGCAGGAACACGGUGAAUGUGCUGGAGGAGGCGCUGGACCAAGAUCGAACUUCUCUGCAGAAGGUGAAAAAAUCAGUGAAGGCCAUCUACAGUUCAGGACAAGAUCAUGUUCAAAAUGAAGAAAACUACGCUCAAGCUCUGGACAAAUUUGGCAGCAACUUCAUCAGCAGGGACAACCCUGACCUGGGGACGGCCUUCGUGAAGUUCUCGUCCCUCACCAAGGAGCUGUCAGCGCUGCUGAAGAACCUGCUCCAGAGCCUGAGCCACAAUGUCAUCUUCACCUUGGACUCGCUGCUGAAGGGCGACUUGAAGGGCGUGAAGGGGGACAUAAAGAAGCCCUUUGACAAAGCAUGGAAAGACUACGAGGCCAAGUUUACAAAGAUAGAGAAGGAGAAGAGAGAACACGCCAAGCAGCACGGGAUGAUCCGCACUGAGAUCACCGGCGCUGAAAUCGCAGAGGAGAUGGAGAAGGAGCGGCGGCUUUUUCAGCUUCAGAUGUGUGAGUACCUGAUCAAAGUAAAUGAGAUCAAGACCAAGAAAGGAGUGGACCUCCUGCAGAACCUGAUUAAGUAUUACCACGCACAGUGCAAUUUCUUCCAAGAUGGCUUGAAGACUGCGGAUAAACUGAAGCAGUACAUCGAGAAGCUGGCAGCUGAUCUCUACAACAUUAAACAAACUCAGGACGAGGAGAAGAAGCAGCUGACGGCCCUGCGAGAUCUGAUCAAGUCCUCUCUCCAGCUGGACCAGAAAGAGUCUAGAAGAGACUCCCAGAGUAAACAGGGUGGAUACAGCAUGCAUCAGCUGCAGGGAAACAAGGAGUUUGGCAGCGAGAAGAAAGGUUACCUGCUGAAGAAGAGCGACGGACUGAGGAAGGUGUGGCAGAGGAGGCAGUGCUCAGUGAAGGGGGGCAUGCUCACCAUCUCUCAUGCCACAUCCAACAGGCAGCCGGUCAAACUGAACCUGCUCACCUGUCAGGUCAAACCCAGCACUGAGGACAGGAAGUGCUUCGAUCUCAUUUCUCAUAACCGAACAUAUCAUUUCCAGGCCGAGGAUGAACAAGAGUUUGUGAUCUGGAUCUCGGUGCUGACCAACAGUAAGGAGGAGGCUUUAAACAUGGCGUUCCGUGGCGAGCAGAGCAGCGGCGGCGAGGACGGCUUAGAGGAUCUGACCAAAGCCAUCAUAGAGGACGUGCUGCGGAUGCCUGGGAACGAAGUCUGCUGCGACUGCGGUGCUGCAGACCCCAGGUGGCUCUCCACAAACCUGGGCAUCCUCACCUGCAUCGAGUGCUCCGGCAUCCACAGAGAGAUGGGGGUCCACAUCUCCCGCAUCCAGUCCAUGGAGCUGGACAAGCUAGGAACCUCCGAACUCUUGCUGGCCAAGAAUGUAGGCAACAGUAGUUUUAAUGAGAUCAUGGAGGGAAACCUCUCCUCCCCCUCCCCGAAGCCCACCCCCUCCAGCGACAUGACGGUGAGGAAGGAGUUCAUCACCGCUAAGUACGUGGACCACAAGUUCGCCAGGAAGACGUGCACGUCUGCGGCCGCCAAAAUGAUCGACCUGUACGAGGCCGUGCAGAACAGGGACCUUCUGGCGCUCAUCCAGGUGUACGCAGAGGGGGUGGAGCUUAUGGAGCCGUUGCCAGAGGUGGGGCCGGAAACUGGAGAGACGGCACUGCACUACUCUGUACGGACGGCUGACCAGACCUCACUGCAUUUAGUGGACUUCCUAGUACAGAACAGUGGUAACCUGGAUAAGCAGACAGAGUAUGGAAACACAGCCCUGCAUUACUGCUGCAUGUACGAGAAGCCAGAGUGCCUGAAGUUACUCCUGAGGGGGAAACCGGCCACCGACAUCACCAAUCAGAACGGAGAGUCGGCUCUGGAUGUUGCCAGGCGACUGAGGAACACUCAGUGUGAGGAGGCACUGGUACAGGCUGCAGAGGGGAAGUUCAACCCCCACAUCCAUGUGGAGUACGAGUGGAGCCUCAGACUGGAGGAGAUGGACGAGAGCGACGAUGACCUGGAUGAUAAGCCCAGUCCCAUCAAGAAGGACCGCUCCCCCAGGCCCCAGAGCUUCUGUCACUCCUCCAGCCUCUCCCCCCAUGACAAGCUCUCCCUGCCGGGCUUCAUCAGCCAGAGGGACAAGCAGCAGCGUUUGUCCUACAGCGCCUUCACCAACCAGAUGUACAGCGCCUCCACCGACCUCACCUCCUCGCCCGUGGCCGACGGGCCGCCGCUGCCGCCCAGGAACCAGGGCAAAGCUCCACACUUGGCAUUCCUUGGCUCUCAUUCGCACUACGCCACACUGGCUGGCACUCGACCAUACAUCACUCCGACCCCAUCCGGCCCUCCCUCUACACACACACCAGGAGGCAGCUCCACCCUGUCCAAGAAGAGGCCUCCACCCCCACCUCCUGGACACAAACGCACCCUGUCUGACCCACCCAGCCCACUCUCUCACAGUAAAGGGGGCUUGACCGGGGGGAGCGACUCCACUCCACCUCCGGUGAACAAGAUGUCGCCUGUUUCUAACAAGUUUGAAGGAAUUCCUCAGCAGCAAAGCACUACUUCUAGCAACACGAAGUCCACACUUGGUCCAAGGGUUCUUCCCAAACUACCUCAGAAAGUUGCAUUGCGGAAGAUUGACACCAUCCACCAUCCAUCGAUGGAUAAGCCCAGCCUGCCUCCAGAGGUCUUCCAAAAGUCCCCUCCAGCCACCGACACUCCACAGAAGGCUCCUCUGGCAGAAAGACCUCAGCUGGGAGACCUGCCCCCCAAACCGCAGCCAUCUGAACUCCCGCCAAAACCAGGAGAGCUCCCUCCCAAGCCGCAGCUCUCCGACCUGCCUCCCAAGCCCCAGCUGGGAGACCUGCCGCCUAAACCGCAGCUCAAAGACCUCCCUCCCAAGCCUCACCUUGCGGACAUACCACCAAAACCUGGAACGGCAGAGUCCUCUUCGAGGCCCCCUCCUGGAGAGACGACGCAGAGGCCUCAGAGUCAACCUCCGCCGCCUCCACAAACCCAGCCUCAGCCCCAGACUCCGGUUCAGCCCCAGACUCCGGUUCAACCUCAGCCUCAAGACUCGCCCUCACCUAAUCAACAAGCUAAUAUGACCACGCCCACUCAGCAGACUCCAGAAGACACCAACGGGACUCCAACAGGAAGUGGAGAGAUGCCUGUUCCGCUGCCGAGGAAGAUCAACACGGGGAAAAGCAAAGCCCGUCGGGUGAAGACGAUCUACGACUGCCAGGCCGACAAUGACGAUGAGUUGACUUUUGUUGAGGGGGAGGUGAUCAUAGUUACGGGAGAGGAGGACCAGGAGUGGUGGAUCGGACACAUCGAAGGAGAUCCGGAAAGGAAAGGCGUUUUCCCCAUGUCGUUCGUGCACAUCCUGAGUGACUGACAGAAGGACUUGCACUACACCUCUCCAUGAACGGGGAGCUCCUGUAAAUAGCCACCAAACCUAACACACCUCUUGUCACAUGACAAGUGUCUAAAGGAUAAAAGCAGAAGAAAAAAAAACAACAACCAACCAACCAAGCAACAAAGAAGAAGAAGAAAAAA